AACAUGGCCAAGUAUUUAGCGCAAAUUAUUGUUUUGGGUACACAGGCGAUUGGACGUGCCUUUGCUAAAGCCCUUAAACAAGAGAUUGCCGCAUCACAAGAGGCUGCUCGACGAGCCGGUGGUGGUCGUCAGGGUGAGAAGAGGGCAGAGGCCAAUGCCAGAACGGGCAUGACACUGGAAGAAGCAAAACAAAUCCUGAAUGUCGAAGAUCUGAAGAGUAUAGAAGAAAUUACCAAAAAAUAUGAACAUUUAUUUGCCAUGAACGAUAAAGCCAAAGGCGGUUCAUUUUAUCUGCAGUCGAAAGUUUUCCGUGCUAAAGAACGUAUCGAUCAGGAAUUGAAGGAGGCUUUAAAGGCAGCAAAAACAAAAUCAACGGCAGAAGAUGCAACGGGGUCUGGUGAUAAACAACGAUGA